UUGUUGUCAGGUGACAUUUACUUCCUCAAUGCGGACUUCUAUUCAACGAUUUCACUCUGAUUUCUCGUCAAUAAUUUCAACCACGGCUAAACACAUUUGUUGUUGAAGGAACAAGAAGAUAGAUGAAAUGUCUGCUAAACCAACGUGUUUGAUUGUGGCGAGUGCGUCUCCUCAAGGAGUGUCGGCAGCGUCUUUCCAUCAGUCCUUCAGCCUGGUCGCCUCCGUGUUUAAUCUCCAGACAGCCACUCCUGGGGGGAAGCCGAUGGACUUUGUUGGAGUUGAUGAAAGCACUGCCCGAUGGGUGCAGGACUUCAACCUUAAGCCCUACGCGACACCAGCCAAACUAGAAUCCGUAGAUGGUGCUCGGUACCAGGUGCUGCUCCUCCCGGACUGUCCCGGAGCGCUGAACGACCUGGCACACAGCGGCUCGCUGCACCGCAUCCUCACGCACUUCAUCGCUCACCAAAAGCCGGUUUGUGCAGUGGGACAAGGCGUGUCGGCACUGUGCUGUGCCACUGAGGGGCAGCGGUGGAUCUUCGACGGCUACAGCUUAACUGGGCCCUCAGUGUUUGAACUGGUGCGGAGGCCUGACUUUGCCAACCUGCCCUUGGUGGUGGAAGACUUUGUGAAAGACAGCGGUGGAUCAUACACAGCAAGCCAAGAAGAUGCUGUGCAUGUGGUAAUAGACAGACACCUGAUAACUGGCCAGAAUAUGCAGUCAACCUUACUUGCUGUAAACAAUCUGAUCUUGCUGUCUAGUGCCAAAUAAAGAGGUUUUACAUAAAGAGUACUCCUAUUGAACUGCUUGUUCCACAUUUAUAGUCCUGUAAUUGAACAAACAUUUAUCUCAGACACAUAUUGGAAGAAGCCGAGUCAGAACAGAUGUUUGGCAACUCUCAUUUCUCAAUGCUGUUAUAAACAAGAAAAGGCUACACAAUCAAAUGUCAUGAUUCACAAAUACGAGAGAAAAAGCAGUGAAGGAUGCACCUCCACAGCAAGCAAAGCUGCUUCGGGGAGCAGAAAUGUGCGAAGUGGAGAACAAAACAGCAGAAGCGUUGGACUGAAAAGAGAAGAAUAUAACCUUUCAUUUAAACGUUCUACAUGUUGAUGGUCAUGCACCCGCUGUUGUUAAAGGGACGACUCACUGCACUAAACUGACUAAAAAAAUACCACCAAUGAUAAGGAAUAAAACAUGCUGAA